AUGCGUGCUCUGGACUGCCUCAAUUGGCGGGUACUGCCACUCAAGCCAAACCCGUGGCUCCAGCAGGCCGAGCAGCCGCAGCCGACAGGCUUGGGACCCGUGGUGUCCUCGUGCUUGGGCGUGGUGAUGACCCUCAGCGCAAUCACCAUCGGCCUGUCGGUGCUCAGCUACCGCAACGGCGGAGGCUUCUUCGGAAUGGCGCGCAACACGUGGAACACCUGCCACUCCAAGCCCUGCCUCAUGCACUUCCGCAGGCUCGAAGACUCCCUGAACAAGAGCAGUUCGCCGUGCGGGGACUUCUACCAGUUCGCGUGCGGCUCGUGGCGCCCUCGUGUGGCCGGGGCGCAAACCGCUCUGCGGGACCUGCUGGCCGUGUCGCAGAUGGACGCCAUUCGAUUCCUCGGUGCAGCGCACAACCUCAACAUGACGCUGCCCAUGGGAGGAAUCAUCGCCAAGGAACCGACCCCGCUGCCGCGCAACCGCGCCGAGCGCGCGUACCGCGUCUGCCUAUACAGCCAGUCGGGCGACGUGUCCCUGCUGCACCAGUUCCUAGCCAACCGGUCGCUGUCGUGGCCAGAGAAACCGAUGACGCCCGCGAAGCCUCUCGACGUGCUCCUCGACCUGGAUAUCAACUGGAACCUCGGCCUGUGGUUUUCCGUGCGGGUCUCACCGUUGCCAGGCCACAACCGACGGCAGGUGCGCGUCGCGCCGGGCCUCGUGUCCAGCUCCUGGAAGAAGGCCCUGGACACCCUGGUGCUGCGCGGAGUGUACAACGCCCGAGUGCGCCGCUUUUACGACCUGUUGCGCACGAGCAACUUUGUGCCAAUCAGCGAUAGGGAUCUGGAGGACCUGCGUCACGAUGAGUAUGCGGUCGCUGGUGCACUGUCAGAAGCAGCGAGCCGUGGCCAAAACGAGUUGGCCUUCCAGCUAAAGCAGAUCCAGAAGAUGGCCACACCCCGAACUACCGCCGCCCAGUGGGCCACGUCGCUCAAUCGCCACCUCACGUUAACACAUAGAGUGACCGACGCCGACCGCGUGCUUGCGACCAACGUGAAGCUCCUGCAAGCGGUCGAUGGGCUCCUGGAGUCACUGCCAACCGAGACUGUGCUCUACCAGCUGGCCUGGACGGUGGUGCAGUUGCUGGGCUGGAUGGCCGAUCCCACGCUCCCUGCAAGGCCAGCGGCCGUACGUCUUGUCGAGGCCCGGCACGCCGACUGCUUCUGGGCAGCCAACAGGGCCUUCGGAUUGCCUUUCCUCUCCAGCUACAUCAGCACCAAGUAUCCGCCGCACGUCCGGUCCGAGGUGGACGACGUCCUGAUGGGCGUCACGCAGGCGGCCAUCAGCCUGUUCAUGAGGGCGCCCUGGAUCGACGGCGACACGCGCGAGGCGGCGGUGGAGAAGCUGCGACGCGUGAACACCUCGCUGUGGCCGCCGGGCGGUUUCCUGAACGCCUCCGAGACUGACGCCCUGCUGGAGCACUUCCCGGAGCCCAGGGACGACGUCUUCCGCAACUGGCUGGACGCCCUGGACGCUCGCAGGACGCUGCUGAGGAGAAAGGACCUGGAACGGGCCCUGUACACCGAGGACGUGCAGGCGCAGCGGGCUCUUUUCCGGUACCACUACUACACCAACGAGCUGUCCAUCUCGCUGUACGCCCUGAGCAGCCCACUGUUCGUGGAAGGGGCCGGCCGUGCCGUCAACAUGGCUGGACUAGGCGCGCAGUACGCGGCGGCUCUGGUGCGCGCUUUCGACCCUCGCGGUGUUCUGCUCGAGGGCCGCGGCGGAACCUCGUCGGGCGUCUGGUGGGGCAGGGCCUCUUACCACGAGUACGAGCGUAGGACUGGCGCCUGCGCGGCGGCAACCCACGGAACCGCCACCACUUCUGCUACCGGCGACCUGGAGCCGUUCGAAGGAGUCGCUGCAGUAGAGAUAGCGUAUGCGGCCUUCAACGCCACCCGGUGGAUGAGCGACCGUGGCUGGCACAAGCGGCGCAGCUUCCUGGGCUUGAGCGAGGAGCAGGCCUUCUUCGUCUCCUUCUGCCAGGCCCACUGCGCCCGCGAACCCACCGAGUGGCACCGGCAGUCCUGUACGCUGCCGCUGAAGAACUUCCGCGGCUUUGCGGCAGCCUUCGCGUGCCCCGCUCCCUCGCCGAUGAACCCGGCGAAGCGGUGCGGCUUCUUCGAGAGCGAACUGCCGUCCACCGCCGCUCCUGGCGCUCCCACGACGGAGCUGACUACGCGCGGACGAAGCGAGUCCGGCGACCCGGUGUCGCUGGCGUCGACGCCGUUCGGCGGCAACCUGUUCUGACGCCAAUGCGCGA